CCCCCUCAGCUCGCCUGGUGAGUGGCAGCCCCGGGGCCGCGCGGCCCCCUCCUCGGCUCAGUCGGGGCAGGCUACGGAGGCCGACAGGCGGCGGCGAUGAUGAUGGAGUCGGUGCGCGCCCAGCGGCUGCAGCCCGGGGUGGGGACGCUGCGCUCCCUGCGCCCCGGGCUUUUUUUUCCCCUGACUUCUGUAUCUUCAGUGAACGUUGUGGAAGCUCUUCAGGAGUUCUGGCAGAUGAAGCAGUCACGCGGUGCUGAUCUGAAAAACGGAGCCCUGGUGGUGUAUGAGAUGGUCCCUUCCAACAGCCCCCCUUAUGUCUGCUACGUCACCUUGCCUGGGGGGAGCUGCUUUGGUAGCUUCCAGUUCUGUCCGACCAAGGCUGAAGCCAGGAGGAGCGCUGCGAAGAUUGCACUAAUGAAUUCUGUCUUUAACGAGCACCCCUCCCGGAGGAUCACAGAUGAGUUCAUUGAGAAGAGUGUCUCGGAAGCCUUGGCAUCUUUCAACGGUAAUCGAGAAGAAGCCGAUAACCCGAACACUGGAAUUGGUGCUUUCCGUUUCAUGCUGGAAUCCAACAAGGGAAAAUCAAUGUUAGAGUUUCAGGAGCUGAUGACCGUCUUCCAGCUGUUGCAUUGGAAUGGCAGCCUCAAAGCCAUGCGAGAGAGGCAGUGCUCACGGCAGGAGGUGCUGGCUCACUAUUCACACCGUGCUCUGGACGACGACAUAAGGAACCAGAUGGCCAUGGACUGGGUGAACAGGGAGCAGAGCACCCCAGGAGCCCUUUCCAGAGAGCUGUCCUCGACGGAGAGGGAGCUGGAUGAAGCCCGACUAGCUGGGAAAGAGCUGCGUUUCCACAAGGAGAAGAAAGACAUCCUGAUGCUGGCGGCUGGCCAGCUGGGGAACAUGCACACCUCCAAUUGCUAGACGCUGCACGCAAACUGUUCAGCUUCCCCAUGCCUCCUAACAAUUCCACAUUGAAGGGAUCUGUACCGUAUCACUUAGGGCAUAUAGCUGCCUCUUUUUCCAGAGUCGUGGCCCAUUUGCACAUUUUUUAAAGAUGUUUUUAAAAGUUUCUGUACAGAUUUUUACACUUAGUACUAGCCUUUAGGUUACUUUUCAGAUUUCUAUCUGCUAAAGAAUUCCUUCUCUUUAAAAGUGCAUUUUUUUUUAAAAAAAUGCAGCCUUUCAGUGUUAACACUACUCUAAAGACCUCCGUUCAACCCAGGUACUGUACAGAUGACCGUAUUCAAUGGAAAUGUAGCAUUUCCCCAGGGAGAUCUGGAUUUGAAGAGAUCCAGAUGGCAUGUGACGCAAAACUGCCUUUCCUUCUGCUUUUGCAGUCUGAGGGGUUUGGUCAAACCCCUCUUUUUGAAAAGCACAGCACUUAGCAAUAUGUUCUGCUCCUUUGUACUAGAAUUCAUGCUCCAAUGGAGAGCACCUCAAAGCACACGCAUGGAAUUUCAGAUCUGGGAUUUUGAUUUUGCUCCAUUAUAGAAAUAUGGGGUCAGUCUGUAAAAUUGCCAUCUGCAUCUGAGAUCAGAUUUUAAAACUCCACUCCAAAAAGCAAGAUGUUUGGAUCUGUUUUGAGCUUCGAUCUUUUCUCUCUUGUACAGAAAGAGAAUCAGCUGCUGACACAUGUUCAAACUGCUUCCUUAAUACCAAAUUACAAGACUCUGGUGGUGUUCAAGGGAUUGGCUUUGGUAUUAAGGAAUUGGGCUCAGCUUUUUAAUUACGUCUGUACUAGAGAGAGCUCUGCAGUCCCCCUCUUGAAUCCCCUUUGGACUUUUAGGGGAUUUGACCCUAGCCCUGCAGGAGUGGAUGAGCUUGGAAUGGGCUGACUCGUAGGUGGUGCUAUGAAGUGGACAGUACACUUUCCUAGAAGUCAAGCAUCUUCAUAAGUUACUUAGUCUCACCUCGCCUAGGCUGGGGACGCCAGAGUUCUGAGGCUAUCCUACCACUGUCUGGUGUCAUGCUAUUGUCUCCAUGCUAGCAACCUGGCUUUGGGUUGCUUUUGAACACAAUGUCGGACUAAACCUUUUUCAGGAAGACCUAAUAAACACUUGCCAGAUAUUUAGAACUGGCUAAUGGAAACAUUGGGGGAACUGAUCCAGGUGUAUCACCAAAGGCCCUGUGUUUACUACCUUGUUGACCAGAAUUGUAUUGACCUCUUGAAGCAGAACCUGGAUCCAGCUGGUCCCCAGCAGUGGAAGGUCAGAUCUGGAUCCAAACCCUAUGGUUCAGCCUCAGCUACACUUGGUUUCUUUUGGCCAGCGUAAAGAGGUCUGAACCAAGUUAUAAACAGGGCUGCACCUAGUCUAUAGCACACUAACUUGUUUAUAAUAUGGGUCAGAUCCGUCUUGAGGAUGCCAAGAACAGUCUCCCUACAUGGUUUUACUCCCUAAAAGGUUUAGAUUACCCAUGCAAAAUAGAUAAUAGUAGGCUGCAAAGGGCUGCAUUUACUCUCCACUUUGGAACUUGCUCUGUUUGUUAUAGUGUUGAUUCCUGAAAUGUAAAUCUAUAUCUGCACUAUUUUUUUAAACUGAUAGAGCCCCGCACUUAGUAUAAAUACUAGCCCCGUAGUACAAGUAGCUUAAAAGCAUCCUUUCAAAUACCCAGCUGUGUCUGUCGUUCAGAUUUAGAGCAGAAAGGGGGGGAAUUGCUGGCUGCAGAAUAGCAGCACAAAAGGGAAACCCAAUCAAGAGACGAAAAACUGCAUUCCCAGCUCCUCUCUAGGGUCUGCUUAUCCCCGGGACUGACGCCGAGCUUUCCUAACAGGCUAGGCACUCCGUUGCGAACUGUUUCUUAGUUACCUGACUGCCCGAAGAGAGUUGAAAGAAAUCUCCGGGAGAGAAAUGUCGUGGAGAGAAAAACUGCAGCUUUGUGGAGAUGGGGGCAGUUGCGAGCACUGUUUUAAUCAGACCAUAUUUACUGAAGAUGUAAUCAAAGCACAACCAUAGAACUGUUUGAUUGUUGGCUUCUACACAGUUAGGUGGGCAGGGGAAGGAAGGGGUUAACAACACCUUGGGCACCCCUUACUACUUAUUGGCCCUCAAAUGAUUCCAAUCUGCUAAAUUCUCCUGUGCACAUAGAUGCCACUACAAUGCAAGCCAGGGAUUAAUUGCUCUGGUUAUAAACUGAAAACAUUUCACUGCUCGCACCAGGGGAAAAAUGGGAAGUCAUUCCAGCCCAGACCAUCCAAGUCCCUGGAUUUCUGAUCUUUGUGCAUCUCCGGGACAAAUCUAAUGGGCAUUAGGGAGCCCAUAUUUCAUAUUUUGCUGUGGGGCCUUAGCCCAAACUUGCACUUUGAUCAAAGAUCCAGAUCUGUUUGGUUCUGCUGAGUUGAAACAGAAUAUUAAUGCUCAAAAAGCAAAAUCGUAGCUUCUAAUAUUCCCAACAGGAAGUCAUACUCGAGUGUUUCCGGUUUACGGCAAUAACUAAUCUCUCAGAUCAUAACUACCAAACCUUUUUACCUUUUAUCUAGUGACUUGUCGAUUUUGUAAGCCUGCUGUGCAAGGCAUUUAUUUGAAAGGAUGUGGGACUCUUUAAUCUCGUAUCCUGCUUUGUGGGGGCUUGCUAAUGUCUGAUUAGUUUUGUAAAGGAAAAGUUACAGUAUUGGGCUCCCUCCAUUAAUAGCAAAUCUGAAUCUAUUUUUGUGGUGACAUAAAUGGCACGGGGAUUGAUGGAGUAGGAAGCCAUGGUACAGAAAGUAUCUGUCAGCUACGCCUACACUGUAAUGGGACCAGUUUUAAGCUUGCUCGUAGGUCAGUCAUCCAAGGCCGUUGUCAUAGACUCUUCCUUUACAAAGUAGGGGGAAAACUAAUGUUUUGUAAAACAGCCACGUGGUACGUUUUCUGUACUGUUUGAUUUGCAACAUGUAGUGUGCAAUGCAAUAGAUUUGCCUGUAAUUCAAACGAGAUGUCAGUCACGAUCUCUUGGCUUUUCCUCUAAUCAGCAUUGAAGAGGUAGGAGGCCUCAGGCGGUGGGGAAGCAGGGGGUAACAGUUGAGCACUUUGUACAGUAUUUUGUAUUCUCCGUUCACUAGUGUAGUUCAGGUUAAAUAGCCAGCUGGAGCACGUCUCCUAGACAGUGCAGUCUAACAAAGCAAUGAUUUGCUGGUGCACAAAAUAAUCUUCCUCAUAACACUUCAAAGCCUUUUCAUCAUAUAAUCCAGAAGAGCUGAUGGGAUCUCUUGUGGGAUCUUGAGUCAAAGACUGUCUUUAAAAAAAAAAGUAUUCUACCACUUUGGGAUCCUUGUGGAUCUCUUCUCACGUUGGCUCUUGGUGUCUCACUAAUUGAGACUAGUCUCUGAGGUCCCACUCCGAGAGCAGGAGCCUGCCACAGGUUUUGGUAUCUCCACAGAGAUCCCCUCUCGACCCCACUCCAUCUUUCUCAAGAAGCCUCUUGCGGAGGAUGUUUCAACUAGUAGCAUGUGGAUAUUGAAGCAAUGUUAUCACAAGAGGGAGAUCAAGAAGCAAUUGCAUUAUUCUUCGGCCUUCUAGUGUUGUAUUCCAGUCCUAACAAGCCCAUGUCUGAUGGUUUUUAUAUGUGUAUAUAUAUUUUUAUAUGCAGCCUUUUUACCUGAUAGUAUUAAUGUUUAAUGCAUUUAUAAACUUGAUUUGUAAAUGGUAUUUUUAGUUCUUGGGUUUUGUUUUUUGGUUUUCAGGUUGGUUUCUUGGUUUCUGGACCGUUACUAAGACACUUAAUCAUUUCCUUUCUCUAGAUACAGCACAGAGUCUUAACUUUCUGCAAACAUUUCCACUUGUGGGUAGCGUUAAAAUAAAUCAGGUGACACUGACUUGUCUAAGGAUCUAAUCCUGCAGAUGCUUAAGACCUUGAGUACCUUCACAUGAGAAAGGUGACGUUCACAGCAUUGGAACCCGAAGUGUGUAUCUCCAGAAAUGUUACUUCCAGUUUCUUCUUUAUUUUAAGGCCACCUAUACGUAAAAUGCUACAGCGGCGGUGCUUCAGUAGACACUUAUUACAACGAUGGGAGGGGCACUCCCAUUCUGUAGGUUAUCCACCUCCCUGAGCGGCAGUAGCUAGGUUAACGGAAGUAUUUUUCUGUCAACCUCCCGGUGUCUACACCAGGGGUUAGGCUGGCUUAACUACAUCACUCAGGGGUGUGGGUUUUUCACACCCCUUACAUGUAGUGAUGCUGAUCUAACUUUCCAGUGCAGAGCAGCCCACAAUCAAAUUACUUUUUGAAUUAUGGACCGGAUUGUACCACUUUGGCAGAGCAAGGUGGCCAAAUCUAGCCCUAACUGAGAAUUAACCCGUCAUGGGGAAGUUCUCACUUAGCCAGCUCUUGUGCUGACUGGCCACCACACUCCUUGUCCUGGUGCUGGGGUCAGGAUGGAGUGCAGUUGUGUAUAAGCCAUAAAGACCUGGGCCAAUAGACAUAAAUUAGAGCAGCCCCAUAGCUGCUCUAAUGUGUCAGUGGGCCAGAGCUGGCACAAUUCCUCCAUGACUCUCCUGGAGGCAUAAGAUGCUCCCUGAGUUGGACACCUUCCUCCCACAUUGCUUGGUGCAGGGCAGAAUCUGGGCCUAGACCUCAGUUCAUCCAUGUUGGAUUUUAUUUUAUGUUUAAAUUGGCUAAUCUGAAUUAGUAUUAACCCUACUGCUGACACAGGGUGGUGCUGCAGAAAUCAAACUGCAUUAGAAAUGUCCUCACUUAUCCAUACAUGGGCUGCGUUCCCUGUGACAGCUGAAUAAUCAAACUCGUCCCCUUCUGAAGUCUGGCACUUCAGCUCCCAGCAAGCACUGGAAGCUUCUUAGGGCCUGUCUGCUCCUCAUUUCGGUGCUAAUUACAGAUCUUUCCAAGGUGUAUUUAUUUGCUUAUGUGAGACCCUAAUGGUUCUCCACUAAAACAGAAAUGCUAACUCUAUUCAAUCAUCAGCACAGUGUUAUACUCUGAAUCGUAAGGGAUACGUUUCAGGUGCUUUUUGGUGCCAAAAACGGCAGCAAACAUAAGCUUUGAAACAAAGGAUUGAAACAAAACAACCUAUUUGUCAGAGGGUGGAGAUGGAUGGCAGGAGCGAGAUCACUUGAUCAUUGCCUGUUAGGUUCACUCCCUCUGGGGCACCUGGCAUUGGCCACUGUCGGCAGAUAAGGUACUGGGCUGGAUGGACCCUUGGUCUGACCCCGUAUGGCCGUUCUUAUGUUCUUAACAUAACCUUUUAAGGAUUACAUGGUUUCUGUGAUCAAAGGCUAGUUCUCUUUAAUGGGACUUCUUUGCAGUAGGAGAGGCAUAUCAAGACUUCACACACAGCAGUUUGUUUUAAAAGGAUGAUAUGUUAGCGUAUAUCAGCCUUCUCCAAUUCCAUUAAUCCAUUCACACAGUGAAUCUUCCUCUAGGCGUGUUAAACAUCCCUAGUUUCCUUGCCUGGGUUAAGGUUUGGAAAGGUCUGGGCAGGCUCUCAGACUUUCAUGACCGUUGUGGAGGUAGUUUUUUAUAUUUAUAUAAUAAAAUCUGUCUUUAUAAGUAGAGCCACACCAGAGGAUUUGCCUGUUUCUGCUAAGCUAGCGCUCUGGCAUCUCAUUGUAGACACUCCACGACCUGAUGCAGAGCUAUGGGACGUUGCCUCAUGCCUUUUUCUACUGGGAAGAGGAUUUCCUGGGCAGGACCCAGUUUAGCUUUAUUAUAAAUAGCAUCAAGUGUCUAUCUGUGUCUUUCCCGCGUCCCUGCUCCCCCCCCCCCUUCUAAUCACAAGUUGUCUUGAAACCUCUAUCCCCCAUGAGCUUCAAGGGGGAAGUUUGGCUGUCGAUCUAAUCCGUAGUACCAGCAUUAUUAAUAUCCUGGCUUCCUAAGCAUCCAAUGUCUCUUCUUUCCUGCCUUCAUGCUGUAUAUUCCGAAUCAAACACUACAGUAAGAUAAAUCACCUUUCACAUGCUGUCUCUGCCUUUGUUCCAUUAUAUCAUAUAAUGUUCAGUAUUUCACAUGCAUUUUGUAUGUAUAAUUUUAUACAAUAAAAUAGAUUUUUUGAGGA